UCAAGUACCAAAACACAAUAACUCACAGCUUGGAAGCAGAGUAAUUACAGCUGGGUAACAUUUCUAUAAUGUAGCAGCUUGGAGAAGAAAACCAGUUGAAAUAGGACGUUUAACAAACAAAACUUUCACUCUAUUCUGUCAGUUUUGUUUUUUUAUUUAAAAUUGUUUUUAAGUAAGAUAUUUAGAGCUUACAAAGUUAUGCAUGAAUUUUUAAUGUUUUUUUUUUUGUCCAGUGAGAUAUUAGUAGUCUGUUUAUCUCUUGAAGUAACAAUGGAUUUGAAUGUUUUCAGAUUUAGACUUGUAAAGCUGUUAUGUACAUUGUUUGUACUUUGUUUUAUUUCAUUCAUUUUGGUCAGAGGAUGCAUGUUAGCUGUUACUAUAUGAACUGUUGGCGUAGGUAUAUUUAGAUUAAAAUGUAUUCUAAAUUUGAAUCUAAAUAUAUAUUAGUUUUUCCAUUACUUUCUCUUAAGUUUUUUGAUUCAGGGAGAAAAUACUGUUGAUCAGAUGAUGGCAACAAUGCAGACAUUUCUACGUUUUGCUAACCUAGUUAGCGUAACGUAGGUUUCAUCAUAAUACAGUUAUGAUGAAACCUGAGAUGUUUUCCCUUUUUUGUUAAAACAUCUACAUUGACUUUAUUCUUGCUAAGUUUACUGUAAACUGAAGUAUUUCUUUCAUUCAUUUGACUUUUAUUUUAUCUGUAACACACUAUUUGUUUGAGAAGGUUUUUAUUAUUUAGGAUGUUAGAAAAUGUAUUGUUGAUAUAGACUCAAUUUCAGAUAGAAAUGUGACUAGGAAAAACUGUUUCUAUAUCAUUCUUGUAUAAUAAAUUUUUUUGGAUUGGGACCAAUGUAAAAGUUCCUGCUUCUUGAGUCUUUUCUCUCAUAAUUUCUCCCAAGUAUCUCUUUUUUUAAACAUUCUUUAUUUAAGAACAUGCAUUAUUAUGAACCCAUCAUAUAUGCAUCUAUGUACAUGUAUGUACACAAAUGAUACAACAGCAAAGAAAAAAGUAUUAGUGUCUCGACAAACAUUUAAUUUCAGGUGGCUCAGCGUGUACGUAAGUUCAUUUCUUAACUUUUUGAAACAUAAAAAAUUACAACACAGGAUCCACUGUGUUGGUUUUUUGACAUUAUAGAUGAUGAAUAAUCGCAAAAAGGCGCUCAAAUAAAUUACAAACACACAUAAAAAAAAAAAAAAGAAGUAAAUGUAACGCGGGUGAAACAGCAGCGGUUUAGUGCCUCAUCUAUCUGGAAGCAGAGAAACCACAUCCGGAAUUAGUCACGUGGUACGGCCCGCUCGUGCAGUUUCAAACGUCAUAUUCUGUUUCAGGAACAAAAGCUUCAUAAAAAUCCUCCUGGUUUACUCGACACGUGUCCGGAAGCCACGGCACAGAAAGAACGUCGCUAGUUUUAGGUAAAUAUCUGAGUAUUUGAGUGUUUAAAGUAAAAAUGUCUUCAGUUCCGCCUCAGAGAGAGUUUAUCAACGAGCAGGUAACUCCUGCUGGAGAAACAUUCACAGAGUUUAAUGAAAUCAACGUCAAGAUGGAGGAAGAAAUGGAGGAUCAGCGCAGACUGAUGGAUUUUACCCGGAUACCGAUGAUCAUCUUACACCGGAUAGAUCUCCGACAUUGUUCUGUGUGUAAAGACGACGGGAUUUUCAAUGACCUCAGCAACCAGGAGGGGAUCUUCACUUUAAAACAAGAAGAACCAGAACAUCAACAGCUCAAAGAGGAAGAGAAAGAACUCUGCAUCAGUCAGGAUGAAGAGCAGCUUGUGCUGAAGCAGGAGACUGAUGACAUUUUGGUGAUGCCUCUUAAUGUGCAAAGAAUCCACAAUGAAACAGAACCACAGAGGAACCAACUCAUCUCUCAUGGCUCUGCUGAGGAUGAGAACCAGGAUCAGGAAGGAAGUGAUUCUGAGGACUCAGGGGAAAAGAGAAAUGAAAAACAGAAACGUCAGAGAUAUCAGAAAAUCAAACGGCAGAAAGGUAAAACUGAGUGUUCAAAACAGAAAACACACAAGAAGGCUCAGCGAGACCAAAAACAACAUUCCUGUGAAAUCUGUGAUGAAGCCUUUUCUCAAAGCAGUUCCUUGAUGACACACAUGAGAACUCACAUGGACAAGAAGGUUUCCGCAUGUUCAACCUGUGGCAAAAGCUUCCAAAACAAAUCUCAUUUGCUUCGUCACAUAAUAAUUCACAGAGGAGAGAAGCCCUUUUCAUGUGUGACUUGUGGAAAAAGUUUCAUAAAGAAAGCUUAUUUAGUUACUCAUAUGAGAAGUCACACAGGUGAGAGGCCUUUCUCAUGUGGGACAUGUGGAAAAGGUUUCUUAAGUAAACCUAAUUUAGUUAGUCACAUGAGAAGUCACACAGGGGAGAAACCUUUUUCAUGUGUGACCUGUGGAAAAUGCUUCCAAGUCAAAUCAAGCUUACUUCGUCACAUGAUGAUUCACACAGAUAAGAACCCUUUCUCAUGUGUGGCUUGUGGAAAAAACUUCCGAAACAAAUUUACUUUUCUUCGCCACAUGACGAUUCACACAGGAGAGAAGCCUUUUUCAUGUGUGACUUGUGGAAAAAGUUUCAUAACCAAAGCUGAGUUAGUUAGUCACAUGAGAAGUCACACAGGUGAGAAGCCUUUCUCGUGUGUGACCUGUAGAAAAAGCUUCAUAAGUAAAUCUAAUUUAGUUAGUCACAUGAUGAUUCACACAGGUGAGAAGCCUUUUUCAUGUGUGACUUGUGGAAAAAGUUUCGUAACCAAAGCUCAGGUAGUUACUCACAUGAGAAGUCACACAGGUGAGAAGCCUUUCUCAUGUGUGACGUGUUUUAAAAGCUUUCCAUUGAAAUCUUAUUUACUUCAUCACAUGAUGAUUCACACAGGUGAGAAGCCUUUCUCAUGUGUGACCUGUGGAAAAAGUUUCAUAAGUAAAUCUAAUUUAGUUAGUCACAUGAUGAUUCACACGGGUGAGAAGCCUUUUUCAUGUGUGACUUGUGGAAAAAGUUUUGUAACCAAAGCUCAUGUAGUUACUCACAUGAGAAGUCACACAGGUGAGAAGCCUUUCUCAUGUGUGACAUGUUUUAAAAGCUUCCCAUUGAAAUCUAAUUUACUUCGUCACAUGAUGGUUCACACAGGUGAGAAGCCUUUCUCAUGUGUGACCUGUGGAAAAAGUUUAAUAAGUAAAUCUAAUUUAGUUAGUCACAUGAUGAUUCACACGGGUGAGAAGCCUUUUUCAUGUGUGACUUGUGGAAAAAGUUUCAUAACCAAAGCUCAUGUAGUUACUCACAUGAGAAGUCAUACAGGUGAGAGGCCUUUCUCAUGUGUGACAUGUGGAAAAAGUUUCAUAAGUAAAUCUAAUUUAGUUAGUCACAUGAUGAUUCACACAGGUGAGAAGCCUUUUUCAUGUGUGACUUGUGGAAAAAGUUUCAUAACCAAAGCUCAUGUAGUUACUCACAUGAGAAGUCAUUCAGGUGAGAGACCUUUCUCGUGUGUGACCUGUGGAAAAGGCUUCCCAUGCAAAUCCGGGUUACUUCGUCACAUGAUGAUUCACACAGGUGAGAAGCCUUUCUCAUGUGUGACCUGUGGAAAAAGUUUCAUAAGUAAAUCUAAUUUAGUUAGUCACAUAAUGAUUCACACAGGUGAGAAGCCUUUCUCAUGUGUGACCUGUGGAAAAAGUUUCAUAAGUAAAUCUAAUUUAGUUAGUCACAUGAUGAUUCACACAGGUGAGAAGCCUUUUUCAUGUGUGACUUGUGGAAAAAGUUUCAUAACCAAAGCUCAUGUAGUUACUCACAUGAGAAGUCAUUCAGGUGAGAGACCUUUCUCGUGUGUGACCUGUGGAAAAGGCUUCCCAUGCAAAUCCGAGUUACUUCGUCACAUGAUGAUUCACACAGGUGAGAAGCCUUUCUCAUGUGUGACCUGUGGAAAAAGUUUCAUAAGUAAAUCUAAUUUAGUUAGUCACAUGAUGAUUCACACAGGUGAGAAACCUUUUUCAUGUGUGACCUGUGGAAAAUGCUUCCAAGUCAAAUCAAGCUUACUUCGUCACAUGAUGAUUCACACAGAUAAGAACCCUUUCUCAUGUGUGGCUUGUGGAAAAAACUUCCGAAACAAAUUUACUUUUCUUCGCCACAUGACGAUUCACACAGGAGAGAAGCCUUUUUCAUGUGUGACUUGUGGAAAAAGUUUCAUAACCAAAGCUGAGUUAGUUAGUCACAUGAGAAGUCACACAGGUGAGAAGCCUUUCUCGUGUGUGACCUGUAGAAAAAGCUUCAUAAGUAAAUCUAAUUUAGUUAGUCACAUGAUGAUUCACACAGGUGAGAAGCCUUUUUCAUGUGUGACUUGUGGAAAAAGUUUCGUAACCAAAGCUCAGGUAGUUACUCACAUGAGAAGUCACACAGGUGAGAAGCCUUUCUCAUGUGUGACGUGUUUUAAAAGCUUUCCAUUGAAAUCUUAUUUACUUCAUCACAUGAUGAUUCACACAGGUGAGAAGCCUUUCUCAUGUGUGACCUGUGGAAAAAGUUUCAUAAGUAAAUCUAAUUUAGUUAGUCACAUGAUGAUUCACACGGGUGAGAAGCCUUUUUCAUGUGUGACUUGUGGAAAAAGUUUUGUAACCAAAGCUCAUGUAGUUACUCACAUGAGAAGUCACACAGGUGAGAAGCCUUUCUCAUGUGUGACAUGUUUUAAAAGCUUCCCAUUGAAAUCUAAUUUACUUCGUCACAUGAUGGUUCACACAGGUGAGAAGCCUUUCUCAUGUGUGACCUGUGGAAAAAGUUUAAUAAGUAAAUCUAAUUUAGUUAGUCACAUGAUGAUUCACACGGGUGAGAAGCCUUUUUCAUGUGUGACUUGUGGAAAAAGUUUCAUAACCAAAGCUCAUGUAGUUACUCACAUGAGAAGUCAUACAGGUGAGAGGCCUUUCUCAUGUGUGACAUGUGGAAAAAGUUUCAUAAGUAAAUCUAAUUUAGUUAGUCACAUGAUGAUUCACACAGGUGAGAAGCCUUUUUCAUGUGUGACUUGUGGAAAAAGUUUCAUAACCAAAGCUCAUGUAGUUACUCACAUGAGAAGUCAUUCAGGUGAGAGACCUUUCUCGUGUGUGACCUGUGGAAAAGGCUUCCCAUGCAAAUCCGGGUUACUUCGUCACAUGAUGAUUCACACAGGUGAGAAGCCUUUCUCAUGUGUGACCUGUGGAAAAAGUUUCAUAAGUAAAUCUAAUUUAGUUAGUCACAUAAUGAUUCACACAGGUGAGAAGCCUUUCUCAUGUGUGACCUGUGGAAAAAGUUUCAUAAGUAAAUCUAAUUUAGUUAGUCACAUGAUGAUUCACACAGGUGAGAAGCCUUUUUCAUGUGUGACUUGUGGAAAAAGUUUCAUAACCAAAGCUCAUGUAGUUACUCACAUGAGAAGUCAUUCAGGUGAGAGACCUUUCUCGUGUGUGACCUGUGGAAAAGGCUUCCCAUGCAAAUCCGAGUUACUUCGUCACAUGAUGAUUCACACAGGUGAGAAGCCUUUCUCAUGUGUGACCUGUGGAAAAAGUUUCAUAAGUAAAUCUAAUUUAGUUAGUCACAUGAUGAUUCACACAGGUGAGAAGCCUUUUUCAUGUGUGACAUGUUUUAAAAGCUUCCAAUUGAAAUCUAAUUUACUUCGUCACAUGAUGGUUCACACAGGUGAGAACCCUUUCUCAUGUGUGGCUUGUGGAAAAAACUACCGAAACAAAUUUACUUUUCUUCGCCACAUGACGAUUCACACAGGAGAGAAGCCUUUUUCAUGUGUGACUUGUGGAAAAAGUUUCAUAACCAAAGCUGAGUUAGUUAGUCACAUGAGAAGUCACACAGGUGAGAAGCCUUUCUCGUGUGUGACCUGUAGAAAAAGCUUCAUAAGUAAAUCUAAUUUAGUUAGUCACAUGAUUAUUCACACAGGUGAGAAGCCUUUUUCAUGUGUGACUUGUGGAAAAAGUUUCGUAACCAAAGCUCAGGUAGUUACUCACAUGAGAAGUCACACAGGUGAGAAGCCUUUCUCAUGUGUGACGUGUUUUAAAAGCUUUCCAUUGAAAUCUUAUUUACUUCAUCACAUGAUGAUUCACACAGGUGAGAAGCCUUUCUCAUGUGUGACCUGUGGAAAAAGUUUCAUAAGUAAAUCUAAUUUAGUUAGUCACAUGAUGAUUCACACGGGUGAGAAGCCUUUUUCAUGUGUGACUUGUGGAAAAAGUUUUGUAACCAAAGCUCAUGUAGUUACUCACAUGAGAAGUCACACAGGUGAGAAGCCUUUCUUAUGUGUGACAUGUUUUAAAAGCUUCCCAUUGAAAUCUAAUUUACUUCGUCACAUGAUGGUUCACACAGGUGAGAAGCCUUUCUCAUGUGUGACCUGUGGAAAAAGUUUCAUAAGUAAAUCUAAUUUAGUUAGUCACAUGAUGAUUCACACGGGUGAGAAGCCUUUUUCAUGUGUGACUUGUGGAAAAAGUUUCAUAACCAAAGCUCAUGUAGUUACUCACAUGAGAAGUCAUACAGGUGAGAGGCCUUUCUCAUGUGUGACAUGUGGAAAAAGUUUCAUAAGUAAAUCUAAUUUAGUUAGUCACAUGAUGAUUCACACAGGUGAGAAGCCUUUUUCAUGUGUGACUUGUGGAAAAAGUUUCAUAACCAAAGCUCAUGUAGUUACUCACAUGAGAAGUCAUUCAGGUGAGAGACCUUUCUCGUGUGUGACCUGUGGAAAAGGCUUCCCAUGCAAAUCCGGGUUACUUCGUCACAUGAUGAUUCACACAGGUGAGAAGCCUUUCUCAUGUGUGACCUGUGGAAAAAGUUUCAUAAGUAAAUCUAAUUUAGUUAGUCACAUGAUGAUUCACACAGGUGAGAAGCCUUUUUCAUGUGUGACUUGUGGAAAAAGUUUCAUAACCAAAGCUCAUGUAGUUACUCACAUGAGAAGUCAUUCAGGUGAGAGACCUUUCUCGUGUGUGACCUGUGGAAAAGGCUUCCCAUGCAAAUCCGGGUUACUUCGUCACAUGAUGAUUCACACAGGUGAGAAGCCUUUCUCAUGUGUGACCUGUGGAAAAAGUUUCAUAAGUAAAUCUAAUUUAGUUAGUCACAUGAUGAUUCACACAGGUGAGAAGCCUUUCUCAUGUGUGACCUGUGGAAAAAGUUUCAUAAGUAAAUCUAAUUUAGUUAGUCACAUGAUGAUUCACACAGGUGAGAAGCCUUUUUCAUGUGUGACUUGUGGAAAAAGUUUCAUAACCAAAGCUCAUGUAGUUACUCACAUGAGAAGUCAUUCAGGUGAGAGACCUUUCUCGUGUGUGACCUGUGGAAAAGGCUUCCCAUGCAAAUCCGAGUUACUUCGUCACAUGAUGAUUCACACAGGUGAGAAGCCUUUCUCAUGUGUGACCUGUGGAAAAAGUUUCAUAAGUAAAUCUAAUUUAGUUAGUCACAUGAUGAUUCACACAGGUGAGAAGCCUUUUUCAUGUGUGACAUGUUUUAAAAGCUUCCAAUUGAAAUCUAAUUUACUUCGUCACAUGAUGGUUCACACAGGUGAGAACCCUUUCUCAUGUGUGGCUUGUGGAAAAAACUACCGAAACAAAUUUACUUUUCUUCGCCACAUGACGAUUCACACAGGAGAGAAGCCUUUUUCAUGUGUGACUUGUGGAAAAAGUUUCAUAACCAAAGCUGAGUUAGUUAGUCACAUGAGAAGUCACACAGGUGAGAAGCCUUUCUCGUGUGUGACCUGUAGAAAAAGCUUCAUAAGUAAAUCUAAUUUAGUUAGUCACAUGAUGAUUCACACAGGUGAGAAGCCUUUUUCAUGUGUGACUUGUGGAAAAAGUUUCGUAACCAAAGCUCAGGUAGUUACUCACAUGAGAAGUCACACAGGUGAGAAGCCUUUCUCAUGUGUGACGUGUUUUAAAAGCUUUCCAUUGAAAUCUUAUUUACUUCAUCACAUGAUGAUUCACACAGGUGAGAAGCCUUUCUCAUGUGUGACCUGUGGAAAAAGUUUCAUAAGUAAAUCUAAUUUAGUUAGUCACAUGAUGAUUCACACGGGUGAGAAGCCUUUUUCAUGUGUGACUUGUGGAAAAAGUUUUGUAACCAAAGCUCAUGUAGUUACUCACAUGAGAAAUCACACAGGUGAGAAGCCUUUCUCAUGUGUGACGUGUUUUAAAAGCUUUCCAUUGAAAUCUUAUUUACUUCAUCACAUGAUGAUUCACACAGGUGAGAAGCCUUUCUCAUGUGUGACCUGUGGAAAAAGUUUCAUAAGUAAAUCUAAUUUAGUUAGUCACAUGAUGAUUCACACGGGUGAGAAGCCUUUUUCAUGUGUGACUUGUGGAAAAAGUUUUGUAACCAAAGCUCAUGUAGUUACUCACAUGAGAAGUCACACAGGUGAGAAGCCUUUCUCAUGUGUGACAUGUUUUAAAAGCUUCCCAUUGAAAUCUAAUUUACUUCGUCACAUGAUGGUUCACACAAGUGAGAAGCCUUUCUCAUGUGUGACCUGUGGAAAAAGUUUAAUAAGUAAAUCUAAUUUAGUUAGUCACAUGAUGAUUCACACGGGUGAGAAGCCUUUUUCAUGUGUGACUUGUGGAAAAAGUUUCAUAACCAAAGCUCAUGUAGUUACUCACAUGAGAAGUCAUACAGGUGAGAGGCCUUUCUCAUGUGUGACAUGUGGAAAAAGUUUCAUAAGUAAAUCUAAUUUAGUUAGUCACAUGAUGAUUCACACAGGUGAGAAGCCUUUUUCAUGUGUGACUUGUGGAAAAAGUUUCAUAACCAAAGCUCAUGUAGUUACUCACAUGAGAAGUCAUUCAGGUGAGAGACCUUUCUCGUGUGUGACCUGUGGAAAAGGCUUCCCAUGCAAAUCCGGGUUACUUCGUCACAUGAUGAUUCACACAGGUGAGAAGCCUUUCUCAUGUGUGACCUGUGGAAAAAGUUUCAUAAGUAAAUCUAAUUUAGUUAGUCACAUGAUGAUUCACACAGGUGAGAAGCCUUUUUCAUGUGUGACUUGUGGAAAAAGUUUCAUAACCAAAGCUCAUGUAGUUACUCACAUGAGAAGUCAUUCAGGUGAGAGACCUUUCUCGUGUGUGACCUGUGGAAAAGGCUUCCCAUGCAAAUCCGGGUUACUUCGUCACAUGAUGAUUCACACAGGUGAGAAGCCUUUCUCAUGUGUGACCUGUGGAAAAAGUUUCAUAAGUAAAUCUAAUUUAGUUAGUCACAUGAUGAUUCACACAGGUGAGAAGCCUUUUUCAUGUGUGACAUGUUUUAAAAGCUUCCAAUUGAAAUCUAAUUUACUUCGUCACAUGAUGGUUCACACAGGUGAGAACCCUUUCUCAUGUGUGGCUUGUGGAAAAAGUUUCAUAACCAAAGCUGAGUUAGUUAGUCACAUGAGAAGUCACACAGGUGAGAAGCCUUUCUCGUGUGUGACCUGUAGAAAAAGCUUCAUAAGUAAAUCUAAUUUAGUUAGUCACAUGAUGAUUCACACAGGUGAGAAGCCUUUUUCAUGUGUGACUUGUGGAAAAAGUUUCGUAACCAAAGCUCAGGUAGUUACUCACAUGAGAAGUCACACAGGUGAGAAGCCUUUCUCAUGUGUGACGUGUUUUAAAAGCUUUCCAUUGAAAUCUUAUUUACUUCAUCACAUGAUGAUUCACACAGGUGAGAAGCCUUUCUCAUGUGUGACCUGUGGAAAAAGUUUCAUAAGUAAAUCUAAUUUAGUUAGUCACAUGAUGAUUCACACGGGUGAGAAGCCUUUUUCAUGUGUGACUUGUGGAAAAAGUUUUGUAACCAAAGCUCAUGUAGUUACUCACAUGAGAAGUCACACAGGUGAGAAGCCUUUCUCAUGUGUGACAUGUUUUAAAAGCUUCCCAUUGAAAUCUAAUUUACUUCGUCACAUGAUGGUUCACACAGGUGAGAAGCCUUUCUCAUGUGUGACCUGUGGAAAAAGUUUAAUAAGUAAAUCUAAUUUAGUUAGUCACAUGAUGAUUCACACGGGUGAGAAGCCUUUUUCAUGUGUGACUUGUGGAAAAAGUUUCAUAACCAAAGCUCAUGUAGUUACUCACAUGAGAAGUCAUACAGGUGAGAGGCCUUUCUCAUGUGUGACAUGUGGAAAAAGUUUCAUAAGUAAAUCUAAUUUAGUUAGUCACAUGAUGAUUCACACAGGUGAGAAGCCUUUUUCAUGUGUGACUUGUGGAAAAAGUUUCAUAACCAAAGCUCAUGUAGUUACUCACAUGAGAAGUCACACAGGUGAGAAGCCUUUCUCAUGUGUGACAUGUUUUAAAAGCUUCCCAUUGAAAUCUAAUUUACUUCGUCACAUGAUGGUUCACACAGGUGAGAAGCCUUUCUCAUGUGUGACCUGUGGAAAAAGUUUAAUAAGUAAAUCUAAUUUAGUUAGUCACAUGAUGAUUCACACGGGUGAGAAGCCUUUUUCAUGUGUGACUUGUGGAAAAAGUUUCAUAACCAAAGCUCAUGUAGUUACUCACAUGAGAAGUCAUUCAGGUGAGAGACCUUUCUCGUGUGUGACCUGUGGAAAAGGCUUCCCAUGCAAAUCCGGGUUACUUCGUCACAUGAUGAUUCACACAGGUGAGAAGCCUUUCUCAUGUGUGACCUGUGGAAAAAGUUUCAUAAGUAAAUCUAAUUUAGUUAGUCACAUGAUGAUUCACACAGGUGAGAAGCCUUUCUCAUGUGUGACCUGUGGAAAAAGUUUCAUAAGUAAAUCUAAUUUAGUUAGUCACAUGAUGAUUCACACAGGUGAGAAGCCUUUUUCAUGUGUGACUUGUGGAAAAAGUUUCAUAACCAAAGCUCAUGUAGUUACUCACAUGAGAAGUCAUUCAGGUGAGAGACCUUUCUCGUGUGUGACCUGUGGAAAAGGCUUCCCAUGCAAAUCCGAGUUAAUUCGUCACAUGAUGAUUCACACAGGUGAGAAGCCUUUCUCAUGUGUGACCUGUGGAAAAAGUUUCAUAAGUAAAUCUAAUUUAGUUAGUCACAUGAUGAUUCACACAGGUGAGAAGCCUUUUUCAUGUGUGACUUGUGGAAAAAGUUUCAUAACCAAAGCUCAUGUAGUUACUCACAUGAGAAGUCAUUCAGGUGAGAGACCUUUCUCGUGUGUGACCUGUGGAAAAGGCUUCCCAUGCAAAUCCGAGUUACUUCGUCACAUGAUGAUUCACACAGGUGAGAAGCCUUUCUCAUGUGUGACCUGUGGAAAAAGUUUCAUAAGUAAAUCUAAUUUAGUUAGUCACAUGAUGAUUCACACAGGUGAGAAGCCUUUUUCAUGUGUGACUUGUGGAAAAAGUUUCAUAACCAAAGCUCAUGUAGUUACUCACAUGAGAAGUCACACAGGGGAGAAACCUUUCUCAUGUGUUACCUGUGGAAAAAGCUUCCAAGACAAAUCUAGUUUACUUCACCACAUGAAGAUUCACACUGGAGAGAACUAGGCCUGUCGCGAUAAACAAUAAAUCAAUUUAUUGCACAAUAAAUGAAAACUACCGACGUCAUUUUAAUUAACGGCUUUAUCAUUUCUUCCGGCC